AUGUCAAGAGGAUGCAGCCCUGCAGGUACCUCUACCUGGCGGGAAAAGGGGCACGGUAAUGGCGACGGGCCCCGCCGGACAGAUAAGGCGGCACUUAGGGCACUAAGCGGGGCCGCACCUUGGCGACAACGCGGCACCGGGCCCGGUGGGAGUGCGCACACUCCGAUAGCACUAACAGGGCCGGGCUCGCUGCUGGCGACGACGCGGCACCAGGUCCGGACCGCCCGUCCU